AUGAGCUCGUCGCGAUCCCGUUCUAGCGUCUUCAUGCUGCUGUUUUUCUUCCUCGGUGUAUUGCUCACGUCUACGAGCUUCAUAUUUCUUGAAUGGAAACGUAUAGACCGUAACAAUAUUGGCAAUGUCAAGUCCAACGAUUAUCUUUCCUACGGCCCAAUCGAUGUCGUGUACACGUGGGUGAACGGUACCGAUCCACGAUGGAAGAGAGAGAAGGAAUUCUGGCACAAACAUUGGAUUGCAUCCUUAACUGGUCAACCACUACCCGUUUGGGGUCAGGAUACUGACGUUUUAGGCAAAGACGACUCAAAUUCUGACAAUCGAUUUCGAGACAAUGAAGAGCUUCGGUAUUCCCUUCGAUCUCUUGAAAAGUACGCACCGUGGGUACGUCAUGUUUAUAUUGUAACUGAUGGUCAAAUUCCAUCGUGGCUUGAUAUUGAUUCACCAAAUCUUAGCAUUAUCAAGCAUCGUGACAUCUUUACAAACUCCAGUCACUUGCCCGUCUUUUCAUCUCCAGCUAUUGAAUGGAAUCUUGACAAUAUCGAUGGACUUAGUGACAUGUUUCUUUAUUUUAAUGAUGAUGUCUUUCUUGGAUCACCUGUACGACCAGAAGACUUUGUGAGUCAAGCAGGUGUACAAAAGAUCUACUUUGCGUGGGAAAUUCCACAAUGUGCUGAUAGAUGCUGGGAAGCGAAUUUAGGAAAUGGUCGAUGUGAUCGAGAGUGUAAUGUUACAGCUUGUGACUAUGACAUGGGAGACUGUGGAUGUGAUGUGAAUUUAAUCGAUGACUCAUUACAUUGUGAUCCCGAAAAGGUAGCAAGCAUUCUGGAUCAUACACCGAAUCCAAUGAAAAUUAGCAAUCAUUUGUGUGAAGGAAUGUGUCAAUACUUUUGGCUUGGAAAUGGAUUAUGUGAGCGAUCGUGCAAUAUAAGCUCAUGUGCGUUUGAUGGAGGAGAUUGUCGAGUGGUGGAAUCACUGGAAAGUCACUACCCACAUGUUUUAGAUGACGAAGAAGCGACAAAGUUAUCGCCUUUGAUUAAGGAAUUAUGGUCUGCAGAAGUUAAGGAAAACCAUACAUUAGUACAUGUGCCAUUGGACGUAAAUGCGACGUAUUUGAAUCUGACUGAUGCUUUUGGUGUCAAUGGAAGUAUUUUUAGUGCUGUGCAUGAUAAUGGCGAACUUAUUCGCUUUGCUUCGAUAUACGAGACAGAUUUAGUCUUGAUUUUAGUAUUUGGUCGCGAUCGGAAUGCCAAACCCAUGACUAGUAGUGUCCAGAUGACAAUCAUCGGAGAGAAUGCAAAGGGCGAUUCUAUUCAAUUGGACUUUUCGAUUGUAAGGGGAAACAAGCAGAUGGACGCUGCAAAUUUUCAAGAGAUUCGAGAAGUAUCAAGUGGAAUGUUCACAUUUGAGAAUACGAGUGUUCGGCCUUACCACAUUCGAUUGCCUUUUGGAUUUCGACAAGCUACUUUCCGGAAUAUCAUUUCAUCGCGUGACGAAGAUUUAAAGUUGAUUCUAACCGAAGAGAAUGUUGAAUCUUUGGUGGAAGAACAGAUGGUGUACGUAGCUAAUCAAUUAGCCCAUGAGAAAGUUCUUGUUGAGGUCUUUUUACCAUUUAAUCUUACUGGAAAGAAGUUGAUAGAUGGUGAGUUUCUAAAUCUUGGUUGGAAUUUAGACUUGCGUCUGCAUAACGACGAAAACGAUUUGGACUGGAGCGAUGACGAUAUAUGUCAAUUAAUUGUUCCAAACAAAACAUUGACGUCAUUGAGUGCUGCCAAAAGUGAAGUUGAAGAGACUGUCGUGGAUGAUAAGCGUAAUUUGAAUGAUCAAAUCGAUGAAACUAUUAAACUUGCUGGUGGAGACGAGAGUUUUAUAAGAGAAGAAGUGGAUCAGGAUGCUGAGGAUCACUUAUGCCGCCUUGCAGAGAAUAACCGUGGCAUCUAUAUUACAGUGCAAAUACCGACGAAAGACGAUAUCAUUGCAAGGUCGGCUUUCGAAAAUGAGGAAUGGGACAUCUUUAACACACCCACAGCAAGUGAUUUAAGUGCGAGUGAUAGUAAUGUUGUUGAUACUGAAAAGAAAGAAAAUUUCAAGAUGCUAAAUGAGAGAAAGAUGAGUCCACAAAUUACCGAUGGCAAACUCUGCUUCUAUGACACGGACCGUGCAGAUCCAUGGCGCUAUCGAUAUUGCUUUGCUCUCGCCAUGGGUCAAUAUCACUUGACAAAAGUGGACGUGGUACAUAAACCAACGCUGUGGGAUCGUAAGCAUUUACGAAAGCGAAAAAUUCUUUUCUCACCGGAAGAUAAUCUGGCUUUGCUUGAGUUUGAUGAUCAGUGUAUUGACACGACCGAAAGGUAUAUUGGCAUUCAACCUCAACUCUGCUAUCCAAACGAAGCUACGGUCUUGCGUGAUUACGAUCAAGACAAAAUGAAGGUGGAUCCACGUCAAGAGAACGAAGAGGAAGGUCGCCGUCUUGCGUGUGAAGCACAACAACGGCGAUUAGCACUUCGCGAAGAGCGUGAGAAAGAAAUGCGAGAAGCUCAAGCAAACAGUAGCUUACUAGAACGCUUAAGUCGCUUUGUUGGAACCAUCCAACUAGCAAUUGGGUUUGGAAAUGUUGUAUCGACUAAUGAAAACAUCGAAGACGUGCAGUAUGCAGACGUAUGUGGUCCUUUAUCAUCGACAAAAUCAAGAAGAGAGACGCAAGAAGUGACGACAAAGGAUGUUCAGGCUCACUUGUCAAAAGACACGUUUGGUGAUUCGCUACGGUAUGUCAACAAGCUGUACAAUCGUGUUUUUGGAAAACCAAAGACUUCUGAACGCCGUCGCGUGCCGUCGCACAUGCCGUUUUUGCUCCAAAAGUCGAUUAUUCGCGAGAUUAAAGACUUUUGGACAAAAGAGAUUGAAAACACCUCGACACAUCGUUUUCGCCACCCUCAGGACAUGCAAUUUAGUUUCUCUUACUUUCAUUAUUUGAUUAAUCGCGCCAAGAUUCACCCUCACACACUGCAAGAUAUUUGGCGGGAAUACCUCGAUGCAAAUCGUAACGGUGUCUUAGAUGAGGAUGAAGUUUUGACGGCUGCUAGCUUAGCUCAUGGAGACGCUCCACCAGAAGAUUUUGUCACCACCGUACGCAACUGCAUUCAGCCUGCAAAGCGUGAAAAAGUGCGGGAGUUUCCAACAGGUGAAGGUACUAUAAGACUUCAAGAGACAUUGACACCGUACAUUACAUUGGAGCAACUUGAACGCUGUCCAUCCGUGCGGGAUGCUUUGAUCCAAAAUGUUCGCUACGAGAAUCAAGUUGAAUUAAUGCCAGAGACGGAAGUCACGUUUCAUAUGUUAAGCGAUAAUUACAAGUUUGCGUGGAAACAAAUGAUGGGGACGCGAGCGCGUCGGACGAAGUUUGUGUGUAUCAAUGACGAUAUGAAAUCACCAUCGAUGGCUGUAAGUCAGAUUCUCCACGAGCUAUUUCUGUCCAUUUGGCCCAAACGCUCGCAAUUCGAGCUGCCAUAUCAUCUUAAAAAUCGCUACACGCACAUUGAUGAAUACACUGCUGCACACGAACGUCGUCAAACUGCUGUAGUUGUUGCUAUUGUGAUUGUCAUGGUACUUGCUUUCGUCUUUCGCACGACUCUUUUCACAUUAUUUGGUUUUCAAACAAUUGCACGAGCAAGAGCGAUCUCAGCAUCACAAUUAACUCAUGAACUGCAAAAACAACAAGAAGAUGAAGUGAAAAUACGUGGGAAAAGCUGGAACUUAUCACCAAAGUCGAACAUUAACAAGUCAAAAAAGGCAAUCGAAAAGAAAUGA